AUGUCCACCGAACCAACCUCCACCCCUGCAGCCGUCGAUACCACCUCCCUGGCAACCUCCCCACUCGAACGCCGCGACUCCCUCGAAAAGCACCUUCUUACCCGCCCCGACCCCCAGGAUCUCAAGGAAAGACAUAUUCUGCUAGACACAAAUGUCGCUCCGUCCAUCCAGGCUAUGAAGCAGAAACUCGAUCGCCAGCGGGCGUCGGAUAACUUGAAGAAGAAUCUGGAGCAUCGCGCUGAGAGGGAUGAGCUGAUUGAGCGUCACAUCCUCCCCGCUGAAGAGAACGCGCCGCUUGAUCAGUAA